AUGGGACAAAGUCAGCAGGAAGCUAAGUCAAGCAGUGUUGCCCAAGGGGAGCACAGGAUACCUCAGAGGUAUCACAGGCCACACACACAGAGUUCUUGGGACUGAUAACUCCAGUCUCUUCAGUGGGAAAAGCCAAGAUCCCAGGAAAGGAAACACAACUUCUUCUAGGCCCUGGCUCCAGCCCCAGCCUGGACUCGGGCAAGUCUCCCUGGACAAGGACACGGACUUAGCUUCCUUUUGUCCUGUCCUGAAGCCUCUGAGAAAGCCUUGGGUCAGCUCAACUCUCAACAAUCAGCUGCUUGCUAGACUUAGAACAUGAAAAAAAUCACAUUACUAGCAUUAUUGCCAGUUAAUACUUACCUUUCAGCCUCUUAAAAAUAUUGCUUGAAAGCCAGUUGUGGGGACACAUGCCUGUAGUCCCAGCCCUUGGGGGUAGAGCCAAGAAGAUUAUAAAGUUUGAGGUCAGCCAAUUCAUUCAGGCCCUGACUUCUAAUAAUCGGGAAUAAAAUAAAAUGGAUCAUUGUCUGUCAUCUAUUGAAACAUUAACUGUGAUACCCUCGGAGAAUACAGUAGACCUUUUGUGAGGUGUGCAGUAUAGUACUUCAGUUCUGAGCACACCAGAUACUGAAUUAGUCCAUGUUAAGUGGCUCCGUCACUCAGCAGACCUUCAUUGACUUAUUUUUGGAGGUCUGUAACUUGAUUACCUAACCCAAAGAAAAAAUAUGAAGUGAAUAUCUGUUAUUUCCCCAUUACCUCCAAGCAGUUCAGGUUUGUGUCAACACCAUCAGUUACCCCAAAGGAAAAGGGAAAGAGGUGCUGUCAUCAUCAACUCAGGGUGACUAAAUUUCCAUAGAGUAGGGGAUUUGCCCCAUUUAAUGAAAUAAAAAUAGAAUCACUGUUUUCUCUCUUAAUCUCAUGUCUCAUUAACUAGAACAAACGCAUUGUUUUAGAGUCACAUUUCUUGAUGGCGCACAUAUGCAGCCUCUGUCUGAAAGAGCACACUGCAGUGUGUGCAGUGAGUGUCCCGUGGCUACCAAGGGUGCAGAACUUUUGCUGUGGCAGAGUUAGGAAUCGCCAGUUCUGGCAGUGCCAACGAGCCGAUGACGUUUAGUUAUUUCUCUUCUUGUUUUAGAAUUGUCUGCAGAUAGUACACUCCCCAUUAACUGCCUCAGGGUAGAGCUCUCUGCCUCGCCUGUAGGACACUAUUGCUUCAUUCCACUUAUGUAUGGUAAAGAGAUUCCAGACAGGCAUGUUGGCUCACUCUGGUAUAGCCAGUCCAGAGAGUGUGACUCCAAGAAACUGGUAAUACCUAACAUCCAACAUUCUAACCCCAACUGCGUGUGGCCUAGAAUUCAGACACCGACAGCUUCAACACUCUGCUCUCAAUGUCGCCUUUGUAUUUCCCGCCUCUCUUCCUCCUCUCAUGGUACUCCAGCUUUGUGUACACAGUCUCUGUCAGCCACCCUAGCAACUCAAUCUCCGUUGCAUUUCAUUCCUUCAUUUUUAAAAACACUUAUUUCCUUGUUAUACGUUUGUGUUUGCCUAAGAUUGUAAGUCUUUUGGGACAAGGCCCUUAUUUGCUCCGUGCUAGAACUAGGCAUUAAUGGUUGCAGAUUGAAUUUACUAAAUAAGUUAAUCUAUAAGGAUUAUAUUUUCAUAUUGAAUGAUUGUCAGCUGGGGGUUGCUUUUACCCUGAAUGGGGAACGCGGCGAUUUCUGCAGGCAGUUUUAGUUGUUGCAGCUGAGAGACGUGCUGCUGGCAAUCUAAUGGGCAGAUACUAGAAAUGUUGCUGAGGGCUCUACGUGGAACAGUUCCCACCAGAACAAGAACGACCUGGCCCAGACUGAUAGCAAGAAAUCCUUAAAUGCACUGUUAAGUUUCCUGUAGCGUACACUGAAAUAAGCCCAUUAGCCCUAAUGCAGACUCAAAGACCUGCAAGUGGCCUAGUUAUUCUUUAAGAAUUUCUCAAGCUUGUGGGUGCAUUAGCAUCUCCGGGAGAGCUUGUCAAAGCACUAGAGUCUGGAUCUCCUCUCAAGUAUCAGAACAGUAGAUUCUGCAUUGCUGGAAGUUCUUGAGCCGUGCUGAUGUUGUUGGCUCCAGACCCGCAUUUUGUGAACAGCUGCUUUAAAGAGCACAGGUAACCGGAGGAUUGACUUAGCCUUUCCUCCUCAAGGUCAUAGCCACGGACUAGAGAGGCAACCUUGCUGGGCAGCCAGGCCUUUCCUGGUCCUGUCUCUCCCCACUCAGUAUCUGCCAGAGUGUCUGUGACUGGCCAUGCCUUAAUAUACCACACAGACCGCAUUCUAGAGACCAAAUGGUAAUAGUGGGGAACCUAUGUCUCUCUCUGCCCUCUGCUCAUGCAUUAACCAGUUACCAUCCAGAGGUCCAGGACCCUGAACAGUAGAUGACAUCUUCCCUCCUACAUCCGCGUGCCAGUCCUUGAGAGUAUCAGCUCCGAAUCAGGCUUAAGGGAGGGAGGAGUCCAGACUCAAGAAUAUUGAGUGUCAGAAAGAAAUCUAUUAAAACAAGUUUGUUACAUCAGUAGUUUUCAAAGAGUGACCCUUGGACCAUCAUCAUCAUCACCACCCAUACAAAUUCUUGAUCCUCACUCCAUUAUCUGAAACUGAGAUUGUUACAUAGUCACGCAUAACAUGCCCUCUGAGUGUUUCUGUUGCUGGCUUAAAAUAUAGACGUAUAGGAAACACCCCCCACCCCACAAGUUCAAGAACUCCUGAUGUGGACUGUUUUCCUUUCUUACCUGUGGACGCCAGAGAUGCCCACAGCAUCAGUACCCUCACAAAGGCUUCCCUGUAGGACCUCUGCGCCCGACAGGAAAGAGCAAGACCACCUCGGUAGAAUCUGCCAUUCAUGUGCGGGCUUUUCUGAUUGUCUCUGGCAUGGCAGGGUGCUGGAGGUAGACCAUACCAGCCCUCAGACACCCAGACGCUGGCGGGAUCGCCUCGAGCUGGGGAAGGAGAUGAUGUGGGCCGGUUUUCUGGGGUACCCGGCUGGCGUCCCGCCCUGCGUUCUGCGUAAACAGGCGGUUCCCUCGGCAACGCCUGGAACCCACGUCAAGGUUCUACCAGUGCGGGGUGGUGACCGCCCCAUUUCGGCCGAGCCCCACCCACUCCUCGCGGCGGGCGCUUGGGUUCGCUCAGCCCUUCACCCUGCUGCGGGAUGAGCAGAGCGGCGAUCUGCGCGGGGCCCCAUGGAGGAGCAGGCGCGGCCCCCUGGCCGCCCGCCCGCGAGCGUGGCCUUACCAGGCAGCGCUCAUCCGGGCGGGGCGGCUUCCACGGCCACCGCGGCCGCGCUGUCGUUCAGCGCCGUCGCCACGGUAACGCUGGGAAACCAGAGUGAUGCGGGCCGGCCUGAGGCGGCGGGGUCUCGGGGUCCAGCGCCGCUGCUGUGGCACGGGGCGGCGGUGGCCGCCCAGGCGCUCGUGCUCCUGCUCAUCUUCCUACUGUCUAGCCUGGGCAACUGCGCGGUGAUGGGGGUGAUCGUGAAGCACCGGCAGCUGCGCACGGUCACCAACGCUUUCAUCCUGUCGUUGUCCCUGUCGGACCUGCUCACCGCGCUGCUCUGUCUACCCGCCGCCUUCCUAGACCUGUUCGCGCCUCCCGAGGACUCGGGGCCCUGGCGCAGCUUCUGCGCCGCCAGCCGCUUCUUCAGUUCGUGCUUUGGCAUCGUGUCCACGUUCAGCGUGGCGCUCAUCUCGCUGGACCGUUACUGCGCCAUCGUGCGUCCGCCGCGGGAUAAACUGGGCCGGCGACGCGCUCUGCAGCUGCUGGCCGGAGCCUGGCUGGCGGCGCUCGGCUUCUCGCUGCCCUGGGAGCUGCUUCGGGCGCCUCGGGAGCCCCCUGCUCCGCAGAGCUUCCACCGCUGCCUUUACCGGACCUCGCCAGACCCCGCUCAGCUGGGCGCCAUCUACAGCGUGGGGUUGGUGGUGGCCUGCUACCUGCUGCCCUUUCUGCUGAUGUGCUUCUGCCGCUACCACAUCUGCAGGACCGUGCGCCUGUCGGACGUGCGCGUGCGGCCCAUGACCACCUACGCGCGCGUGCUGCGCUUCUUCAGCGAGGUGCGCACGGCCACCACCGUGCUCAUCAUGAUUAUCUUCGUCAUCUGCUGCUGGGGCCCCUACUGCUUCCUGGUGCUUCUGGCGGCGACUCGGCAGGGUCAGGCCACUCAGGCUCCCUCGUUGCUCAAUGUGGCGGCUGUCUGGCUGACGUGGGCCAAUGGGGCUAUCAACCCUGUCAUCUAUGCCAUCCGCAACCCCAACAUUUCCAUGCUCCUAGGGCGCAAUCGUGAGGAAGGUUACAGGACUAGGAACAUGGAUGCUUUUUUGCCCAGCCAAGGCCUAGGUUUGCAGGCCAGAAGCCUCAAUCACCUUCGAAAUGGCUGUACCAGCAGGCUAGGGGGUUGUAGCAGGAUGCCUUCUUCCAACCCGGCUAGCGGGACAGGAGGGGAAGUGGUCAUGUGGGCUCGCAAAAACCCAGUUGUGCUCUUCUUCCGAGAGGGACCACCAGAUCCAGUUAUGGCAGUUGGCAAACAGCAUAAAUCUGAAGCCGGAGACAGUAGCCACUAAGAAGGGUUGAGGCGAACAGCUUGGAAUAACAGCAGAUUUCCACCCCUCUCAUUUAGUGAGGCAGGGAUCGGGAAGAAUUGUGAAUUUCAUAAAGCCAAACAUUUAAAACUAAAAAGACAGAAAUGGGAGGGGUACCACUUUAUCCCCAAACAUAAAAGUCGCAAAAGACCAUCCCCUUUCUUCAGAAGUGCCAAAAGGAGUGUGAAAUGCAAAAUGUAAAACAAUCUUAAACCACACAGCCAAGUGUUGUGAGGUCUAAGUGCAAAAAAAGCAACAAAAAUAAAAUUUACAGUUACUGCAAAGCUCAUGUUACAGGAAUCACACUGUGAAACAGAUGCCAUUGAACUGAAAGAUUUAUUCAAAUACUGAUUUGGGGGGAAUGAGCAAAGACCCUCAGAUCUGUUUGAAGGCCCCUGUACUUCACCAGCAUUCAAAGAAACCAGAUUCUAGAGUCUGCCUGCGUGACCUGUUUCAGGUGCUUAGAGCUGAGAGCUAAAACAACAUUACACCGAUUGGUGCCCUCCCCCGGAACUUCUGUGCGAAAUUCUAAAUUUAGAGUCUAUUUUGAACCACUUCCGGAUUUUUGAAAAGAUCGUUUAUUACUAGAUAUAAUUCAGUGGUCCAAAGGGCACAUGAACAUAAUGUGGUUCUUUAAACAGAAGUUCAAUAUUAUCCAUAAAAACCGAUGUUCCUUUGAAGCCCAUUUUAGUCCCCAAAUUAGCUGUCUUGGGAACCUAGGCUCUGUCCUUAUUCUAAACUGUUGUUCCUGUUUGAUAGCUUGUGUAGAUGCCACUCCAAAUGCUUUCAUUAAUAAUAAUAAUAACUUUCACACUGGAAAAAUCUUUGUCUACUGGGAUAACUGUGUUUGUGUUUUUGUUUAUUUUGUUUUUUGAUAGAGCCCAAAAUGUAAUUUGAAGUCAGAUUGCUUGAAUCAGGUGAGUGCUGCUCAAUAUUAAUAUGCACAUAUAUGUAUCAUAUAUAUGUCUUCUACAUACUGGCUGUGCUACUCACCCUUUAAUUGCCAAACGUGAUUCCAAAGAGGAAUUCUAAAAGUAAUAUGGAAAGUAUGGCCACAUCCUUGGAAUAGUCGUAGAAUCUCCUACGAGGACAUACUUUCUAUUUAGAAGUUUGGAUAUUUUUUAGUAGCAAAUAUUAUAGCCAUCAUUGGAAAGAUAAUUGGUAUGGUAUUGCAAUAAUUGGUUUAAUUGCAAGAUGAGACAUACAUCUGUAGGCACAGGUUGGAGAGAUACCUCAAGCAAACUGAAAAUACUUUCAGAAACUUGCAAAAACAAUUUUUUACAAUAAUCCAGAAGCACAAUCUAUGCUUUGUAUAUGCAAAAUUUUUCACACUGAAUGUCACUUUGAUUUUUUUUCUUUCCUCUUCCUGCUUCUCUUUAACUCAGUAUUCCACAGCUUUAGCUGAAUAAUCAUUUUUAAAAGUAUGAAAAUGCAUAUUAUGUGAAGAUUUUUAUUGUGAACUAGCCAGCAUUAUUUUUCUUGUAAAGUAUUUAAAAUGUUUGUUAGUAUGUAAGCCUGUAUGCCAGACAAAUGUACAUUACUUUGUAAUCAAAGAUAGAAAUACAUGAUCUCUGUCUUGAUGAUCAAA